AUGUCAAAAUAUGAUAGACAAAAAUCUAAUUAUAGGCCAAGUCAUAGCCACUCCCAUACUCAGCACCCACAACAAUACAAACUGAUUUAUGAUUCUUCCUUAACCCACUCCAAGAGCAAUAAUUUUUGGUUACAAAUUAAGAGGUUUUUGAAAUAAUUUUGGCUUCGAGUAACCACAAUAUAAUCACAACUAAAUUAAUUUAUUUAUGAUUUAGAUUUAUUUUUUAAUUAAAUGCACUUUAAUUACAUAUUAAAUUAUUUUAUACAAAAUAUUAAUUUAUGAUGUGAAAUUAUUUCUUCAUUAAAAAAAUUAGAAUUUUUUAUCAUAUUUGUCAUUUGCUCUAUCUUUGAAGGGAAGUUAGAAGAUCGUCGGCAAACCCACCACGAAAAGAGAAAUGAUGAUAGAUUUCGAGAUGAAAAGCGAAAUGAUAAUAGAUUCCGGGAAGACAAAAGAAACGAUGAUCGAUUCCGUGAUGAAAAAAGAAAUGAUGAUCGUUUCCGGGAGGAUCGAAAAAGAAGCAGAUCUAGGUCACCACCUAAACCAAAACCCCCUUCUCCUCAAAUUUUAAAUGCAAUUCUUGAAGGACACAUUUCUGAAAGCCUUGAGGUUGUGAAUAAGUCAUACAAGCAUAUGGCAGAGGAUUUUAAAAUAAAACCUGAAAUCAUCCAUGAUCCUUUUGAUUUCACAGUGCUUCCUGUGCUGAUAUUACCAAGUGAUAUAUCAGAACUUAUUGAAUCCUCAAGGACUUUAAGAUUACAGUCAAAGAUAAGAAAUCGCGAGCUUGCAGAAGCAAAAUUAAAGGUAAUUGAAGCGGAACUGAAGGUGCAUGAGAGUGAUGCAACAUUGAAUGCAAUUAAAGCCCAAAUUAAUAACUAUUCUUUAUAA